AUGGAUAGAUCUCCAAUUCCACAUCUCGUGGUGGAAGACAAUGAGGCUCACGACCCAGAGACCAUCACAGGACCCAACCUACGCCGGCGUCUGCGCUACAAUCCUUUCGUCUCACAAGAAUCUGAUGUUGCCAACAGAACGUCAUAUGUGCCUCCAGAUACUCAUGAAAAUAUAGAUGGUGCCUUAGAAUCCGAUCCGCUGGCCCUCAGAGAGGGCCUUGCGUACGCAUUGGGAACUAACGGAAACGAUCGUCACUGGAUGGUCGAUGGGGAUACUGCUGGAAGUCCCCUGCGGGGAGAAAUCACGGGUUCUGGAGGCCCCAAUGGUCCCAGAGGCCCUAGAGGUCUCUCCAUAUCGGUGACCCAACCCGUCGCAUCAAACAACGAUACCAAUUCAGAUGCCGGCUCGGCAAAUCCAUUUGAGUAUCCAGAUACAUCGAAAGAUAUGACAUAUGACAUUCCUUUAAUCACAUUGGACACGGGAAAUGUCGAUUUCACAUUUGGGGCCGACGACGACUUAGAGUCUGGAAAUUUCAAGCCUCCUCUCAGCCCAGCAAGAUUGGGUGGACAAAUCUUAUCACCCAGCUCACCCUCAAAAUUCUCUAAUAUGUUCACGAGGCUCUCCGAUAGAAUUGCCGGAAGCAACAAUCCACCUACUCCUUCGAUUGAAAAAUCGCCUUCUGCAUUUCUGGACAAUGAAUUUAUAGAUUUAGACCAGCUCGUAAGAGUGAGUUCCAAGCAGUCAACACAGCCCCGUGUUUCCGACGACCAGCACGAUUUACUUCAACAACAGACUGCCACCGCCUCACUUAUCUCAGAGCGGACUAAUGCUUCCGGUGUUUCUCAGCAUGGAGACAACCGGCUCGUUACACAGCGGUCGCCGCUGCUUCACGAGGCAAACAGCAUGGUAAGCAUCCACUCGAUUCCGGAGAUUGACAUUACUCACCAGUCGAACAUUAGUGCGCCAACACUUCAUGUGUCUACAGCACCUCCAAGUGGCGUGUCACCGGUAUCAUCUAUUGCUUCGCCAUUUUUCAAGCCUAUUUCGAGGGAUGAGCACCAGUUCGACAAAUUGUAUCUUUUUGGAAAGUCCUUCGGCAUUUUCAGCCCAUCUUCCAAAGUGAGAAUGUGGUGUCACCAAAUGCUGUCUUCUCAUAAGACCAAUGCCGUGGUAUUGGUUCUCAUCCUUUUCCAAACGCUGUUGCUAUGCUAUCGCCAAUGGGAUCCUAUCAAUAACAAAGGAUACUGCUUUUCUGGAUACAAUUGGGCCGAUUACUUUUUGAUGAUCAUCAAUGGCUUUUACACGAUCGAAAUCAUAAUCAAGUCGAUAGCAUAUGGAUUCAGUGACGAUGAAAUCAUGUUCAAAGAAUUAGGGUUAGACUACCCACACAGCAGUAUCACAUAUGCUCGGAAGUACUUCCAACGCAUUCUACAUGAUAAUUUCUUCUGGUGGCUUCCAAAGCUUCCAAAGUCUUCAAAGAGCAAAGGAGAAACCAACUCCGAGCCAACAUUGAAGGGAAAGUAUUCUCAGUUCGAGAAUGGAAAUCACGAAAGCGGCGAUGACGACGCAGCACACCUUACGGGUCUGGCAACUCGAAAGAGAAAGUAUUCCAUCACAUCCUUGUCAGACACUGCGGCCCCCACAGGCAAGUUCGGAACUCACAAUACUUUCCUUCAGUCGACUAACAUCAACAAAAAGGUGGAGGAGAUGAACUUGCACCGAGCAUUUUUGAGAAACAGUUGGCAGCAGCUUGACUUCAUUUCUGUCACAGCUUUUUGGUUAUCGUUACCUCUUUCAGUUAAUCACUAUGAUGCGAAGCAUCACUUUAUGAUUCUCCGGUCUCUCAGUUGUAUUAGAAUUUUGCGUCUUUGCAACUUGACAACUGGUACUAAUCUUAUCUUGAGAGCGUGUCACUCUGCCAUUCCACAAUUGGUGGAUGUUUCCAUUGUUAUCUCUUGCUUUUGGGUUAUUUUCGGAAUAAUUGGUGUUCAGUCGUUCAAAUCGUCCCUUUCUCGUCAUUGCGAGUGGACUAAUCCUAAUGAUUCCAAUGAUACAUACAUUAACUCCGAUCUGUAUUGCGGGUCAUUCAUUGGACUUGAUGGCCAUGCCAAAGGAUACUUGGAUAGAGAUGGAAAUUCUAACCCCUAUAUCAAAGGUUUUAGAUGUCCUCAGAAUUCUGUAUGCCGAAGUGGUGAGAAUCCAUACAAUGGUACUGUGAAUUUUGAUAAUGUAUUGCAAUCUAUGCAACUUGUAUUCGUCGUCAUGAGUGUCAAUGCGUUUUCCGAUCUCAUGUAUUAUCUUAUGGAUACCGAUAACCUAGGGGCAUCCUUGUUUUUCAUCUUUGGAAUUCUUAUCAUGACUGUUUGGCUCAUGAAUAUAUUUAUUGCAGUGAUCGUUUAUUCUUUCAGAACAAUCCUGUCAGAAGAAUAUGAGGUGAAACAACAACGGCAAGAGCGUCGUAAGAAAUCUGGGUUUUUCAGUAUCUGGAGAUUCAACGAUGAAAUGCACUCUCGCCAGGUACUCACAUUGAUCCAGAAAAGAAAAUAUUUGAGGCUAUACUACCGCGUAGAGUAUGCUUUUGUGUUGUUAAUUGGAAGUGAUUUGAUCAUCCAAUGUUUCCGUUCAUCAACAAUGCCACAGGAUCGUGCUCAUUUCCUAUACCGAUGUGAAGCAGUGUUCACCUGUAUUUUGUUAGCGGAGAUUUUAUUAAGACUCACACUCUAUCUACCUCAUUGGAAAAUAUUUUUCAUGUCUAAGAUGAAUUCUUUUGAUCUUUUCUUGGCUAUCAUUACGUCUAUUAUUAUUAUCAAGCCUGUGAAAGAAUCCCUUGGACAUGCUUAUUAUUGGUUAACGGUGUUCCAGAUUGCAAGGUUUUACAGAGUCGUGUUAGCUCAUAGAAUUACCAGUGAUCUUUGGCUUAAACUUAUGAACAACUUGAAGUCCAUUUUUGAUUUGGCGUUAUUCUUUUUCAUUCUUUUGUUUUUAACCAGUGUCAUCGCAGCCAGAAACUUCGAAGGUCAAAUCCCAGUGGACCAAGUUGACUCUGUUGAAUUUGCCAUGCACACAUUGCCGAACACUUUCAUGUCAUUAUAUGUGAUCACUUCGACUGAAAACUGGGCCAAUGUCAUGUAUGAUCUCCAAGAAUAUGCUACUUCAACCAUACAAAGGGCUUAUGGAUCGUUUUUCAUCAUUUUUUGGUUUAUUGUUUCUAAUUUCAUCGUGUUGAAUAUUUUUAUUGCCGUUAUUGCUACAGCAUUGGAGGUUUCCGAAGAAGGCAAAAGAAAGCAUCAGUUAAGGCAAUUCAUUGAGGACAUGACACAAAAACUUCAAGUUGUGGGUAGUAAUCCUGGAUGGGUGAAUCAGAUGAAGGAAAAAGUGUUUGGAAGAAAAAAUGAUAAGAACCUCGAAAGGGCAGUGACAAACUUGUUGCUUAGUGGCUCUGCUGUUAAUGACUUUCUUGAAGAUGAAGAAGAUGAUCUGGAGGCGAAAAAUGAAUCAAACGAUUAUGGACAGUUAAAGACUAAUAAUGAAGGACGUUGGUCAAGGUGGAAUGUUUUCCAGAGAGUGAAAGUAUUUUAUCGGAAUCCUUUCUACCGCCUGAAAAAGAAAAUAACUGUUGUGGAGGGAGAUUUCAACCCAGCUGUAUUUGCGAAAGAGGUGAUUAUGGAGAGAAAAAAACUUAAUCAAGAACAGGAUGAGUUCUUGAGGCAGAAUCCAAUGUUCAAUACAGUUUUUUAUGUUUUGGGCCCAAGACACCGCUUAAGACGGUUGUGUCAACGUACUGUGCCAUCCAGUUAUGGAGAACGUAUUGAUGGAGUAGAUCCAAAUAAGACAGUCAGCGAAAUCUUUGCUCUAAUCAUGUUUAUUUCAACAGUGGGAAUUGUUGUUACUGCUUGUUACUUGACGCCAUUGUUGAGAAAGGAUGUUAUCGAUAAGUAUGGCCAGUACAACUGGACUUUCUUUAUUGAUAUUUCAUUCAUUAUUAUUUUCUCCAUUGAAUUUAUUAUCAAGAUUAUUGCUGAUGGUUUAUUUUUCACUCCUAACGCUUACGUGAGAUCCCCAUGGAACUGGCUAGAUUUUUUGGCUUUGCUCUCGUUGUGGAUUGAGUUUAUUGCUUUCCUCAGGAACGAUGGAAACUUGUCAAGAGUUGUGCGAGGAUUGAAAGCUUUGAGAGCGUUGAGAAUCCUUACAAUCAGUGAAACAGCGAAGAAUAAUUUCCAUUAUACAAUGAUUUCCGGCUUUGGAAAAAUUGUGAGUGCAGCUAUCAUUUCCAUUACAUUGAUUUUCCCAUUCUCUGUAUGGGGCCUCAAUAUCUUCAAUGGACGUUUAGGCUACUGUGUGGAUGGAUCGUCAAGUCUAGGUGCUUGUAUGAACGAGUACUCCAAUCAAGUAUUCAACUGGGAAGUUUUAAGUCCCAACGUGUACGUGGAGCCAAUUUUGCGUUUCAAUAGGUUCCUGGAUUCGUUUUCCUCUUUAUUUGAGAUUGUCUCUUUGGAAGGUUGGACCGAUCUUUUGAUCAAUGUCAUGCAAAGUACCGGUGUCGGUACUCCACAACAAAUGUUUGCAACGCCGUUCAAUGGAUUUUUUAUCAUGCUUUUCAAUUUCACAAGUAUUGUGUUCAUUCUUACCCUAUUCGUUUCCGUGAUCAUUGAUAAUUAUGCCAGAGUUACUGGGCGAGCGUACUUAACGAAUCCUCAAAGGCAGUGGUACCACAUUAAGAAAUACUUAAUGCAAGUGAAGCCAUCAAGGAGACAGAGACCAGAAAUGUUGAAAGGCUUUAAGAGGAUCUGCUAUAGGCUCACUGUCGAUAAGAAUAUGCUUUGGGGAAGCUUGUUGAAUGUCGUUUUGGUGCUUCACGUUCUCGCAUUGCUUAUUGAAACUUUUCCAGAUGAUAAUGUGGUGGUUCUUGUGAGAUAUGGAAUCUUCACAUUGUCAUCCUCUUGUUUCUUGGUACACUACAUGAUGUUCGCAUACGCCUAUGGACCACAAGCUUUCAUUGCAAACAGAUGGAAUAUUUUUUGUUGGAUAGUAUCGUUCGGGGCUUGGAUCACUACUAUUCUAAGUUUUAUGAUGAACGGGGGGUCCAUCUUCUUGAAUAUCAAUAAGUUGUUUUUGGUGGCUAUGUUGGUUUUCGUGUUUCCUCGAAGCAAUCGACUUAUUGAAAUGUUGAAGUUCGCUUCUGCGUCGUUCCCUCAGAUUUUUUCAUUGUUGUUCACUUGGUUCGUCAUGUUCUUGGUUUAUGCAAUUGCAAUGAACCAGGUUUUUGGUUUAACUAAGGUCGGCCCUAAUACCACUGGAAAUAUCAAUGUAAGGUCAGUUCCUAAGGCGUUGAUUCUUCUUUUCAGAUGCUCAAUGGGUGAGAGUUGGAACUACAUUAUGGAAGAUUUCACAUUGGACUCACCAUUCUGUACGAACGCACAACAGAUAGAUGACUCCGACUGCGGUAACAAACAAUAUGCAUAUCUCUUAUUCAUGUCCUGGAAUGUUAUUUCCAUGUACAUUAUGUUGAACUUGUUCGUUUCUCUUAUUUUGGACAGCUUCAGCUACAUUAAUGGAGGCUCGGAAUAUGCUCACUUGAUUUCCAGAGCAGAAAUUAGAAAAUUCAAAGGCAAGUGGCUCAAGUUCGAUCCAGAGGGAACUGGAUUUAUCGAUCCAGCAGAUCUCCCCAAGCUCUUGCACACUUUGGAUGGAUCUUUGAGUUUCCAUUUCUACUCGGGGAUUUUGACUAUUCCCGACCUUUGCGAAAAGUGGAUCAUCAGAAACAAUCCUAUGGAUCCGUACGACAUCACAAUCAAUUACGAAGCGAUGAAUACGAUGAUGGAAGCAAUGGACAUACCGAAAAUUCAAGAGAGAAGACGGCAAUACGAGCAUUUCAUGGAGGAGGCCAUCAUGACCAUGGAAUUGCGUAACGAACCAGGUAUUUCAUUCAGGCGACUCUUGCUCCAGAUUCCAUUGUACAACUCGUUUGAUGGUCGCCAAUGCCUCACCCUUAUAGAUUUCUUGGAGAGAAGGUUAUUCAUGCAAAAAUUGGAAAAGAGGCUCCGCACCAAGAGAUGUCGCGAGCUCCUCGAGGGAUAUGUCUACCGGUGGAAGUACAUGAAGAAUAAGAAGGAGGAACAAAGACGGUCAUACAUGAACUCCAGCAUCGACACAAAUAAAGAAACAGUGUUCGCCGACGGGUACCGAGUUGUCUAG